GGCACUGGCAGUGGGGCGCCGAGGAAACAGAGCCCAGCGUUUGAUCUGGGCUGGGGGGAGGCGGUGGCGGCUGAGGCAAAGGAGGAGGCUAAGGAGGAGGAACGAGGCCAGCGGGAGGCAGCGACAGCGACGGGGCCGGGGUGAUGGUGCAAGUGCCCGGGGUCGGCGCGGAGCUGCCGGGCUGAGGGACGCCUGGUUCAGGGUCCGCAGCGCCGCCGCGUCGCUCCCGGGCGGGCGGGCGGGCGGGAAGAUGCUGAGCAGGUUGAUGAGCGGCAGCAGCAGGAGCUUGGAGCGCGAGUACAGCUGCACUGUGAGGCUGCUGGACGACAGCGAGUACACCUGCACCAUCCAGAGAGAUGCCAAAGGCCAGUACCUGUUCGACCUUCUUUGCCACCAUCUGAACCUACUUGAGAAAGACUAUUUUGGGAUACGCUUUGUAGACCCAGAUAAGCAGCGGCAUUGGCUGGAAUUUACAAAGUCUGUGGUGAAACAAUUGAGAUCCCAGCCUCCAUUCACCAUGUGCUUCCGUGUGAAAUUUUAUCCUGCAGACCCUGCUGCUCUGAAAGAAGAAAUAACCAGGUAUUUAGUCUUCCUACAGAUCAAAAGGGAUCUCUACCAUGGCCGCCUCCUCUGUAAAACAUCAGAUGCUGCCUUGUUAGCAGCUUACAUCCUUCAAGCGGAGAUUGGGGAUUAUGACUCAGGAAAACACCCUGAAGGCUACAGCUCCAAGUUCCAGUUUUUCCCUAAACAUUCAGAGAAGCUGGAAAGGAAAAUUGCUGAGAUUCACAAGACAGAACUCAGUGGUCAAACACCAGCAACAUCAGAGCUGAACUUCUUAAGAAAAGCACAGACAUUGGAAACAUAUGGAGUGGAUCCCCACCCAUGUAAGGACGUGUCAGGAAAUGCUGCAUUUCUGGCCUUCACUCCCUUUGGGUUUGUUGUUCUUCAAGGAAACAAGAGGGUCCACUUCAUUAAAUGUAUCCUGUUUGCCUCUUUUACUGCAGCCAUUCACUGGGCUGGUGGCUUCAAGGAUUUUUCUACAAUAACCCCUAAGCCCCUUUCCUGGAAUGAGGUGACCAAGUUGAAAUUUGAAGGAAAGACUUUCUAUUUAUACGUAAGUCAGAAAGAGGAAAAGAAAAUUAUUCUUACAUAUUUUGCUCCAACUCCUGAAGCGUGUAAGCACCUCUGGAAAUGUGGAAUUGAGAACCAAGCCUUCUACAAGCUGGAGAAGUCAAGCCAAGUCCGCACAGUGUCCAGCAGCAACUUAUUCUUUAAAGGGAGCCGGUUCCGAUACAGUGGCCGAGUUGCAAAGGAAGUCAUGGAGUCAAGUGCUAAGAUCAAACGGGAGCCACCGGAAAUACACAGAGCAGGGAUGGUUCCCAGCCGGAGCUGUCCCUCCAUAACCCAUGGCCCAAGGCUGAGCAGUGUCCCCAGGACCCGCAGAAGAGCUGUUCACAUCUCCAUCAUGGAAGGCCUAGAAUCCCUACGGGACAGUGCUCAUUCCACGCCAGUGCGUUCUUCUUCCCAUGGGGACACCUUCCUGCCUCAUGUGAGAAGCAGCCGGACAGACAGCAAUGAGCGAGUAGCUGUGAUUGCAGACGAGGCCUACAGCCCUGCAGACAGUGUGCUGCCCACCCCUGUGGCUGAGCACAGCCUGGAGCUGAUGUUGCUGUCCCGGCAGAUCAAUGGAGCCACCUGCAGCAUCGAGGAGGAGAAGGAAUCUGAAGCCAGCACCCCUACUGCUACAGAGGUGGAGGCCCUUGGAGGAGAGUUGAGGGCCCUGUGUCAGGGACACGGUGGGCCCGAGGAGGAACAGGUGAAUAAGUUUGUUCUAAGUGUCCUCCGUUUGCUCCUUGUGACCAUGGGACUCCUCUUUGUUUUGCUCCUCCUCCUGAUCAUCCUUACCGAGUCUGACCUUGACAUUGCCUUUUUCCGCGAUAUCCGCCAGACUCCCGAGUUUGAACAAUUCCACUAUCAAUACUUUUGUCCCCUCAGGCGAUGGUUUGCCUGCAAAAUCCGCUCAGUGGUGAGCCUGCUCAUUGACACCUGAGAAGGCAUGACUCCUCCCCAAAAACUAGCCAGGUGGACCAAGGAGCCCGGCUACCCACUCCCAGCAAUGGGACCCAUCGCGGAACCAUCGGCACAUAUACCAAGUCCUCCUCUCAUGACUCAAAGUCCACUGCAGCCUAGGAGGGUGUUUCCCAGAAGAAGAAAGGGAUAGGCUCAUGCCCUGUCUAAACAAACUGGGAAAACUCAUUUUCUUCGAAGUUCUUUCAAGAAAGGCUCAGCGACUCUAUUUCUCAUCUUUCCAAUUUGCAGGAUAAUUUUUGGUUUUGAAUUUUGAUUUUUCAUAGAGGUGUAUUAUUUUGAAGUAUCAAAUAAAAAUAAUUUAUUUUACUAUUACUGAUUACUGCAGUAGUGUCACCUAGCAGAAGGGACACUAGUUGAAGACUAGAGAGCUGCUGUCCUCUGUAUUCUGCAGGAGCUUUCCUGCUGCUGCCACUGGGUUCCAGCACUCGUGACUGCAGCCUCCAAGGGGCAGGCCAGGGAUCUGGACAAUGGGGACUGUUUAGUUUUUUUGCCAGACAGAAUUUUUUAAAAAGUAAACAUCCAUGUAGAAUGAUUAAAUGGAAAGUUGCUUCCUAUGAUGGUCUGAGUUGGAUUUUCUUUUCCUUUUGUUUUUUUAAAUCUGAGCAGAGUGGGCAUCUGAAGGGACCACCGCUACAGCAGCAGCAGCAGGGGUGGGGUAAGUCUGUCCCCUUAGUCUAGAGCCUAGUGGGCAUUGCUAUAGUUUUGUAUAAUUAAACUAGACUUAAUGUGAUUUUUUUUUCUAAAGAACCUCUUUCUGAAGACUUUUACAGUGCUCCAGGGCAUCAAAUGAAUUCAGUAGUGCCAGAGAGUUCUGUCAGAAAUGUUGGACAAAAUGUAGUUAAAGUAGAGCUAAGUUACCUGACUUUAUAUACCCCGCCCCCCCCCACCAAAGACUAUUUCAAUUUAUAUUUUAACAACGAAAUGUUAUUUUCUUAACAAUUCAUAUUUUGUUUUUACUUUAUGGAUUAAGAAAAUAGAGCCUGAUGAACUAAAUGAUGCAAGAAAGAAACUGAUCCUGAGAAUGAAAAGCUUCAGAAAAUAGAAUUCCAAGAUCAACAGCCUUAGAAGGGACCAGGAGAAGCAACUUUAAAAAUAGGAUUUCUAAGAGAUGCCUACAAAACACAGAAAGUGACUGUGGCAGAGACCAACACUUAGAUGUAGAAGUGCUGCCCCCUAGGGUCAUCCUCUGCAUAAUUUCUAGGAAAGCACUGCCAUCCUUGAGGAGGGAAGCCCUGGACCGCAGAAGCACAGGCACAGGAAGGGUGAGUGUGGGGGUCCUAGACCCGAGCUCUUCAACUCUAAAACCAGUCACACACAAGAUCCUGUUUUCAUCUCAGGGAGAGAAUUCUAAGUCAUCUGGGGCUUGUGGGUUUAUUUAAGGAUGGUCAAUGGACAUAUUCCUGGACCCACACAAAAGUAGAGCAGCUGCUGAUACCCUAUAAUGUUGGACAGCCCCAAAUACAGAACAGAAUGAGUCACUUGUGAUUUGACCUCCCCUAUUUUGUCCCGAGACAGUAGAACCAUGUCCAUGUUUAGAAUACAACUGUGGAAUAAUUGGGGUUCUUAGGGAGAGAUUUGUAUAAUUUUAAAGAUAUCCUUUCAUCUAGACCAGAGGUCAACAAAUUUCUGUAAAGUGCUACACAGUAAAUAUUUUGGUUUUGCACACCAUACUGUCACAACUACUCAACUCUGCCACCACAGCACAAAAACAGCCAUAGAUAAUAUAUAAAUGGAGGAACAUAGCUGUGUUCCAAUAAAACUGUAUGAAAACAGUCAGCUGAAUUUGGCCUAAAGGCCAUAACAUGCCAAUUCUGAUCUAGACAAUGAAACUGAUCCUUACUAGUAUGUUAGCAGAAGAGGGUCAGUCAUGUCAGUCAGCUCUGUUUCCAUGACUAACAUGUGUCAAACAUCUGGGAAUACUUCCCAGUGGAGGCACCAGGUUGCUUGUUUAAUGGGUGCUCGACCAACCAACCAGCAAAGAGAUGUCUGAUGCCAAAUAGGCAAGAUCAAAUACUGGAAUGCUAAAACAUGGGUGGAAUCUAAGAAAAGAAGAGGGCCUCUCUGACCAUUUCCAUACCAGCAACAAUUUGGGCAGAAUUAUAAACAUCUAUUUAUCGAGUGACAAUACAAACCGAAGGAAAUCCUAGUAAAGAUUAGGGGUUAGUUAAAACCAAGUAGCCACUGCUACUUGUCAUCUACAUAGCAAAGGCUUUAUUUAGCACAGGACUAAUGUGAGAAGUAGACCCAGAGAUGAAAAGGCUGUCAGGAGACAGGGGGCUGGUGUUAAUCUGGAUAUCUACUGUCUUAUGCAACAUAGCAGAUGACCUUUUAGUGUAGUGCUCCUACCUCAGUUUGUAGAAUCUGGUGUUUCUAUGCAGUGAGUGAUAGCCUCAACUCUGACCUUUCACAUUCACAUUAGAGACAGAGGCAGUAUUCCAUAUCCUAGUAUGUUCCUUGUGUCUAGCAUUCUAAUAGUAGUCUAUGCCAUUUCUAACAGCUAAAUUUUGCUCUCUGAACAGGAACCUUUAGGGUUAUUUUUUUUUCUAGGGCUCAUCCCAGAAAAUAUGGAUAGAAAAGUUUCCUUCAGUUUGCUUUUCAAAUAGUGCUUGAAUAAUAAACCUCCUUUGUUGAUGACUAGUCUUUUUUGGUAUAUCUACACCAUUAAAAACUGUUCAAGUUUUUAACCUGGUUAUACUGUGUUCUAACAUGUCUCAUUUUUUCUCAAAAUUAUUUUACCUCAUUUUAGAAAAAUCAGUGGUUUCCAUAGCUUCAUCUAUCACAGGAAAUAAAACUCUUACUAAAGAGUAGUGUACUGCAUCUUUAAGCAGUAGAGGGUAAACUACCUGCAAAUGUGAAUUUCUUAGUUUCGUUUAAAAAUAUAGUUGUUAACCUUCUGUGUGCCAAAAACUCUUAAGUUACAUUUUCCUUCAAAGCAAUGUACCUUUUUCUACAUAUGCAAUAUGUAGUUAGCAUAAAAUCAUUGGUGCCAUGAAGAUUAUUUUUAAACUUAAAUAAAUAUUUAAAUAUCA